AGUUUAACCCCAUGUCGGCCAACUACAGCCUCUUAUAAUUCAAAUGAAAGCUCGUGGCAGCAGGCGAUGUUCCUGCAAGACGGAAAACAAUGUUUUUGCGCUUUGAAAAUAUGGAUAGGUUUCUUGACCUUCAUCUAACCACUGGUCUGACAGACUGGGAUAUUAAUGAAGAAAUCAAUCUGACCACAACCACAGAUCAGUAUCAUCAAGAUGGCCAACGCAAUGAGUACUUGAUGCAGUGGCAUUAUGCAAGAAUGUCACGAAGAACUUCAUCAGCUGAACUUCCAUGCCAAUAUUCAAAGCAAUCAGAUGAAAAUGACAUUGAGCCAAAUCUAUGGCUUAUUGUUAAUCCCAAUUUGGUAUGUCCCAUGCAUCCAAGACAGACUCCCACUAAGGCUACUGUGGGUUCACCAAACAUAGAUCACCCAUUCAUCAACACUCACCUGCCUUACGAGCCCCUGACUCCAGUCUCACCUGAGCUUCUUGACGAGUCUCUAAGUGACACCUACUUCACCAGUAAACACAUGGUGUCUGAUGAUGAGUCCUCGGCAGAGUUGGAGAUCUGCCGGAAGGUCAAAGUCACACGGAAGUCCAGAGUGCCGAAGGAGAGCGAGAGGGUGCGCCGGCCCAACCAGACUAGGGGCAGGGGCCGAGGCAGACCACCACGACGGGAGCAUAAAGAAAGUGACAGCUUUGUUUUCAGAGCCUGGGCUUGGCCUCGACCUCCAGUCAAUUACUGCCUUCUCAUUGCAAUGGCGCUCGGCAGCAGUCGCACUGGAAGCCUGAAUGUUCAGCAAAUCUACAGUUUCACCAGGGAACACUUCCCCUUCUUUCAGACUGCCCCCGACGGCUGGAAGAACACCAUCCGUCACAACCUGUGCUUCAGCACCAGCUUCAAGAAGACGCCCCAGCAGGUGUCCAGCGGAGGGGAGCGCAAGUCCUGUCUGUGGCACCUCACUCCAGACGGGCGAGUGCGCCAUCGCAACGAAAUACAAAUGCUAUCCCGCGAUGCUGUUGAACAGCUAACAAGAAGCAUGAAAUACCCAGAUUUGAUCCAGGACCUGCUUGACCUCUGAUCAACAUCAUCCUGUCUGUCCUUUCUAUUUCAUUCAACACAUCUUGUGCUUUUCUCUCUCAGAAAAUGUUGAAUGUUUUGUGUUCUGUAGGUUUUCUUUUUUCUACAGUUGUGAAUAGAGUGUACUGAUUUAAGUUUGCAAUGUAUGUAUGAAAACUAUAUAAUUGAAUUAUGAGACAAUUCCACAUGUUGAAAGUGUGACUGCAUCAAAGAGCACAAAGAGGUUGAUGUUGAUGAAGCAACUUGAAUGGACGUAAUUGAAUACAUAUUGCCAUUGAAAUGUGAGCAGGAGUUGCUACUUGCAUUAUCUGCACCUCAAAUGUGAAGAAUUCUGUAUAGAUCUCUACAUUUCUAUAUUUCUUUGAAGACAGUCUGCACACUACGCUCAACCUCAUUGAAAUACUGUUUCACUCUUUGAACAAAUGCCAUAACAUUUGAGGGAGAGAAUAUUAUUUAAUCUACCAUUUUCAAUCCUUACUAUAUCUUACCAUAUCAAUAGAUGAACAUGUCAAAGUUCAUUCUGUGUCAGGGCUUUCUUUGUCAUUGUACAUGGCAAGUAAUCACUGCUUGGGAAAUCUCAGACUUGAGAAUUGUUCACGUAUCAUAAAAAAAAUAAUCCUGUUUUUAAUCUCCCUACUGGAACAAGUGUAUGAAACACUUUUCUCAUUCCGCUGCUCUGGUUCAUGUUUAAUUCAUCUUUGGCUUUGAGAAGGAAGAUAAAAGGGAGGACAACUGUAAAGCGCUCUCUCUCUCUCCCCAGCUCUGGUUUCCUGUUAGACCAUGACCUUGACUCUGCAGCAUUGAAGCUGCACAGCAGAGGCAGGCCCUGAAAAAUCAAUGGGAAUAGCAUGAGGAAUUGAAAAGGCAUUACGUUUGUGUGAUUCACUUUAAGGCUUAAAUAAAAGCAUUUCUGCCCAUAUCUCAAAGGCAUUGACCAAAGCCAAAAUAGACAAACGUCUGAGAACAUGACCAUCCGUGGUUUGAUAACUUUGAAACCUUGAGAGAUAAAGUUGUAAGAAGUCACGUUUUUGUCUGUGUGAUCUGACGUGGAACUAAAGUGUGGAGACGGCCAUCUCAAAUCAGAAACUUGUGGCACUUCCUUUAGCUACAUGUUUAAACCCUAGCCUUUAUGGUUGGUGGUGUCUCCACCAAAGAAACAAGCUCCUCUGUCUCCGAAUCGGCCCACCACAACUUCAAACCGCCUCUGGAGCUGAAUGGAUUGGAUUUCUGCUCUGAAGAUUCCCGCUCACACGUUGCCUCAAUGCAUAUUCUCAGAUGUUGGAUGUUUGCAUCGCUGACAUGCAUUCUGGCUUCAAGCCCCUGAAACAUCCCUGGGCAUCGACUGUUUGAGUGCACCAUUUCAGUCUGUUUCUCAACAUGGCAAGGCAACAAAACAACAACAAAAAUACAAUACAUUAUUGCAGAUAAUUGCCUGAAUACUGCAGUGUCCUGAAAGUUGUUGACUUUCUAGGUUUUGUGUUGAAGGGAAAUCACAUUGUCUCAGUUUAUAGGAACUGUUUACUGUUCCAUUCAUCAAGUAGGCAGAGACAGAUGUUUGGCUCCAGUAAAAACGUACCUUGUGUCAGCUCUCUACCACACAUGGACCACAGCCCCGCAAACACUACAUCCACACAAUGGGGCCAUGGUGUGUGUGUGUGUGUGUGUGUGUGUGUGUGUGUGUGUGUGUGCGCGCGCGCGCGUUAAAGUUGUGGAUGGAUGGGAUGUAUGUGAUAAAUUUGACUAAGCUUCGUCCAGCAACUAUAGGUUAAAUGAGGUAUCAUUCCCAAAGGCCUCAAUCCCUUGAAAUGUAGAAAAUGGGAAGCAUCAACAAAUCACCACCUUGGAGGAAUCAGCAGGCUUCAGCAGGCUGAGCUAAGAUUGUAAUCUAAUUUAUUAACACAAAGGGGAAUUCUUGAGUGGAGGAUUUGAUUCCGUUAAAAGUGGUUAGUAAUUACUAAUUACUAAUCUUUGAUCACUACUUUUUUCCCUC